AUGUCGCGUGGUUACCUAGGAAACCACAAAGACGAUGGAUGGUCAGGAUAUGGUGGAUAUAUGCGUGCUAAGAUAUCGAAAUUGGAAAAGCAAUUCAAUGAACAAAGCGAAUCUGGUUUAUCAUUAUUCAGUGGUGUCUCUAUUUAUGUGAACGGUUAUACAGACCCACCUGCUUUGGUCUUACGAGAUUUAAUAAUACGCCAUGGAGGUCGUUACCAAGCAUACUACAGUCGAUCAGCAGUUACUCAUGUGAUUGCCAGUCGUUUACCUUAUGGAAAACUAAAUAAACUCUCAGAUGAGAAGUUAGUCACUGCAAAUUGGAUUACUGAAAGUAUUGAAGCUGGUAAACUUUUGCCAUGGCAAAGUUACCAGCUGUAUCCAACUCAUCGUUCUGGAACUGGGCAGAAAACUCUGAAGAUUAUACCUGUUAUUCCCGCAGAUGCGACAAAUUCUGACAAAUUAGAAAUAGUUUCACCGCCUUCUGUUACAAACACAAAUAAAGAUCCAAAUACAAAUGUAAUUACAGAAAUGCCCUCCUGCAGUACACAUCAAUUGUCAUCUUCAAGCGACAAACAAGCUCGAGUUCAUCAGAUGCGUGUCGAUGAGUGUUUAUCGUUAAAUCAUGUGUUAAAAACAGAUUCUUGUGAUAGUUUAAAUAGAAAGGUUCAAAAGAAUAGUCCUCUAAAACCUGCAAUUACAUUGAAACAACUUCUGAACAAUAAACUUGACGGUGAUACUCUUCAAACAACCAAUCUGAUUAAAGAUGAAGUACCUUCAUCUGUUGCUUCCCAUACAUCGAUACAACAAACCUCAUUGAAAGCUUCACUAGAUCAAAAAUUAGCUACAUUUUAUUCCCGUUCACGCUUACAUCAUCUUUCUUCUUGGGCUAAAGAUCUACAUAGCUUAGUCGAAGAGAUGCGUAAGAAUCCUGAACAUAACUGUGAUUUAGGCAUGGAAUGGUUUAAUCAAAUUUCAAGCGAUUUAUCUCCAUCCAGAAGUAACAAAAAAACGAUUGAGUUACGUGCACGAUAUGUUCAUUGUAAUCAUUCUAAUUCUUAUCCACUAUCAAAACCACAAAAGCCUCAAAUUAUAUUUCAUAUUGAUAUGGAUUGUUUCUUUGUCUCUGUCAGUAUUCGAAGUAGACCAGAACUUAAAGACAAGCCAGUUGCUAUUACACAUGCGAAAAGCUCACGUGGUUCAUUUAACGACAUUAGAAGUAGUAAUAAACACACGGAAUCGAUGUCUGAAGUUGCUUCCUGUUCAUAUACUGCUCGUCAGGUUGGAGUGAAAAACGGAAUGCUUCUAGGAAGAGCCAAACAACUAUGCCCAGAAUUAAUUGUUUUACCGUAUGAGUUCGAGGCUUACAAAUCAGUAUCAGAGCUGCUAUAUAAUACCAUUUCUCGCUUCACUCGAGACAUCCAAGCGGUAAGCUGCGAUGAACUGUAUGCUGAUUGUACAGAACUACUAACUUAUUCGAAUGAAAACGAGAUCAAACCGAAACUCCAUGAUGGUAAUUGGGAAGUUACCUAUCAAAUCAUUAAUCCGUUAAUUUUGGGUAGUUAUAUACGAGAAUUAGUAAAAGACAUCACUGGUGGAUGCACAGCUUCUAUUGGAUUUGGUACAAGUAAAUUAUUGGCACGUUUAGCCACAAAGAAGGCUAAGCCCAACGGCCAAUAUUGGCUUCUUGGCCGCUCUGGAAGCGCAUGUCCGAAACUUGAUAGGCCAACAAAAAGGGGAAGCUGGAGGUGGUAUUCUUCAGAAGGGGAUGUAGAACAGCUAGAUGUCCACUCGGAAUGUGAAUUAAACGGCGAUGAGUACCAGUGGCUGUGUGACCUACCCCUCACUGAAAUUCCAAGUAUCGGCAGAUCCCUAGCAGGUAAAAUAUUUCAAGCAUUUGAUGCAAAAACGUGCGGCCAACUGAUGUCCGAAGUCUCUCACAAUCAAAUCACAAACUUACUUGGAAAGAAGACUGGUAAUCGUGUUUACAUGGCAUGCCGCGGAAAGGAUUUGGACAGUUUGCAUUUCGAGAAGGAAUAUAAAUCUAUAUCAGCAUCGAUGAACUACGGAAUUCGAUUAAGCUCAAUCCUAAUAACUUUUGUUAUAGUUUUCAUGAUGGAUUAACUUCAGAUGAAGGGACUGACCAAGUAAGCAAUAAUCAUGCACUUAAAAGUGACUAACUUCAGCUUCACGCGAAAGUUGUCACUGAUGGGAUUUAACCAUAUCAAGAGCAAGAUAUGUAUCAACAUAAAAUUGGAUCACUGUCGCGCUAUAUCAUAAAGUGACUGGACUACUAAAUUCCUAAAUAAUGGUCUAAUAAUAACGUACUCGCUGUGAGACCUGUGUGUUUUGGGUUUGAUCCUUUGUGCAGCUACUUGUUGGCUAUUUAACCC